GAAAGAAGCAUACGAAACACAUCAGGAGAUAAAAGCUAUUUGUGAAUAAUGUGAAGGAGUUUGAGAACAGAUCAGUUUAAUGCUGCUAUCUAGAGACUGAAUGGAUUUAUAAACUGAAUGAAGAUUGUUUGAUGUUCUUCAUUCUUGAGACAGAGCACUUCCUGUAAAAUGAGUCUUUAUGAGAAGAGAGCGGAGGAUGUUCACACACAUAAAGCAGCAUCUCCUGAACCCAGCUGUGUGUCUGUGAAGAGUGACAUGUCUAUGCCUACUCCUCCUGUAUUCAGUGAUGGAGCAGUGACCUCUGACCCUGAAGUAAAGAGAGAUGAUGUGAGCAGAUUAGUGACCCCACCUCUGAUCUGCGCUAACUCAAACUGUCAGACCCUCAUCAUAGAGAGAGUCAAAGACCAACACAAAAGCAGCUUGAAGAGCAAGUAUGAGAGAUUAUUCGAGGGAAUUGAGCUAGAAGAGAAUCAAACCCUCCUGAACAGGAUCUACACACAGCUCUACAUCAUAGAGGGAGAGAGUGAAGGGGUGAAUGAAGAACAUGAGGUUUUACAGAUGGAGAAAACAGCCAGAACACAAGACACUGCAAUCUACUGCAAUGACAUCUUUAAACCCUUACAUGAACCAGGAUGUGUAGAGAAAGAUAACAUCAAGACUGUUCUUACUAAAGGCAUCGCUGGAAUUGGAAAGACAGUUUCUGUACAGAAGUUCAUUCUGGACUGGACCGAGGGAAAAGCCAAUCAGAUUGUAGAUUUCAUGUUUGUGCUUCCAUUUCGAGAGCUGAACUUGAUUAAAGAUCACCAGUACAGUCUUCACAGACUUCUGCUGGACUUUCAUCCUGAACUUCAAGAUCUGGACUCUGAGAUUUAUGAGGAGUGUAAAGUUGUGUUCAUCUUUGAUGGUCUGGAUGAAAGCAGAAUUACACUGAUGUUUUCAGACGAUCAGAAGGUUUGUGAUGUGAAUGAGUCUUCAUCAGUGGGUGUGUUGAUGUCAAACCUCAUCAGAGGAGAGCUGCUUCCCUCUGCUCUCAUAUGGAUCACCUCCAGACCAGCAGCAGCCAUUCAGAUCCCCUCCAAAUACAUCCACCGUCUGACAGAAAUUCAGGGAUUCACUGAGCCUCAGAAGGAGGAAUAUUUCAGGAAGAGAAUCAGUGAUGAGCAUCAAGCCAGCAGAAUCAUCUCACACAUUAGAAGAUCAAGAAGCCUAAACAUCAUGUGUCAAAUACCCGUCUUCUGCUGGAUCACAGCCACUGUGCUUCAAAACCUCCUGAAACAAGAUGACAGUGCAGAAAUCCCUCAAACUCUGACUGAAAUGUACAUCCACUUCCUGCUGACUCAGAUCAACAUGAAGAGUCAGAAGUAUGAUGAGAGAGAUCCAGAGAAACUCCUGCUGUCCAACAGAAGAGUGAUUACAAGACUUGCUGAACUGGCUUUCAAUCAGCUGAUGAAGGGCAAUCACAAUGUGAUGUUCUAUGAGGAGGACCUGAUUGAGAGCGGCAUAGAUGUCACUGACGCCUCAGUGUAUUCUGGGAUUUGCACUGAGAUCUUUAAGGAGGAAUCUGUGAUUCAUCAGAGGAAAGUCUACUGCUUCAUCCAUCUGAGCUUUCAGGAGUUUCUAGCAGCGCUCUUUGUGUUUUACUGCCAUGUAGUCAAAAAUGAGGAAUCACUGAAGUUGUUUCUGAAUGAAGGAUAUAAGAGUUACAGUCGGGAAAACUCACUGUAUGAGCUAUUAAAAGCAACGAUUAAUAAAUCCUUACAGAGUGAAAAUGGACAGCUGGAUCUUUUCCUGCGGUUCCUGCUGGGCGUCUCACUGGAGUCCAAUCAGAGACUCUUACAGGAUCUACUGACACACACAGUGAACAGCUCAAAGACCACUGAGAGAAUCACACAGUACAUUAAAUGCACAAUCAAAGGUGAUGAACAUCUCACAGCUGACAGAUGCAUCAAUCUGUUCCUCUGUCUGCUGGAAAUGAAGGAUCAGACUCUGUACAGAGAGAUUCAGGAGUUUGUGAAAUCAGAGAAUGUCUCCGUGAACAAACUCUCUCCGUCUCACUGCUCAACAAUAGCCUACAUGCUGCAGAUAUCAGAGGAGGUGCUGGAUGAGUUUGAUCUGAAGAAAUACAACACAUCAGAUGAGGGUAGAAGGAGACUGAUACCAGCUGUGGUGAACUGCAGAAAAGCUCUACUUGAUGGCUGUAAUCUCACUGAUCAGUGCUGUGAAAGUUUGUCUUCAUCUCUACAAUCAUUCAACUCCUCACUGAGCGAGCUGGACCUGAGUAACAAUGACCUGCAGGAUUCAGGAGUGAAGCUUCUGUCUGAUGGACUGAAGAGUUCACACUGUCGACUCAACAUACUGAGAUUAUCUGGUUGUAUGGUGACAGAGGAAGGCUGUUGUUUUCUGGCUUCAGCUCUGAGUUCAAACCCCUCACACCUGAGAGAGAUGGAUCUGAGCUACAAUCACCCAGGACAAUCAUUAGUCAAGCUGCUCUCUGAUCCAAACUACAGACUGGAUAAACUCAAUGUUGAUCAUGGAGGAGAGUUCAGGAUUACAACAGGACUAAAGAAAUAUGCAUGUGAUUUCACACUGGAUUUAAACACUGUGAACACUCACCUUGCUCUUUCUGAGAAGAACAGAAAGAUGACUUAUGUAGAAGACAAGCAGCCGUAUCCUGAUCAUCCAAAGAGAUUUGAGUGUCCUCAGGUUCUGUGUAGAGAGAGUCUGACUGGUCGCUGUUACUGGGAGGCUGAAUGGAGCGGGAGAGGGGUUUAUUUAUCAGUGGCAUAUAAAGGAAUCAGGAGGAAAGGAUGCCGUAAUAACUGUUGGUUUGGAUACAAUGAAAAGUCCUGGAGUCUGGACUAUUUUGAAAACAAAUUCACUGCCAGACACAAUAAUGAAAUCAUAGUCAUAUCUACCCAUUUGCGUCGCUCUAACAGAGUAGGAGUGUAUCUGGACUGGUCGGCCGGCCGUCUGUCCUUCUACAGCAUCUCUGACACACACACACUCACACACCUACACACAUUCAACACAACAUUCACUGAACCCCUCUACGCUGGAUUUAUGCUUGUUUUGAGAUCCUCAGUGUCUCUGUGUGAGAUUAAACAUCUUCCUGUGAGACAAUAUUGAGACAUAUAGUUGAGAAAUACUGACUGUUCAAAAGAUGUGGAUCAAAAUCAUGUCAGACUUUGUCUUUGUGGGACUCUUUGUGGGAAUCUCUCAGAGUUGUAGAGCUUGAAUACAUUCAAUGAUCAGCUUGUGCUUUGACCUCAGCAUUAUUAUUUGGGACCUAUCCUGCCCCUUUUUACAACAUGUAAUAUAAGUCUCAGGUGUCCCCAGAAUGUGUCUGUGAAGUUUCAGCUCAAA